AUGAUAUGGAGAAUGGUUAAAGGUCAGAUGGGGAGGAGUAUAAUGAGAAGUAUUCAAGACCAUCCGGACAUGUUAGAAGUCGUCGAAGUCUUUUAUCAAUCGUUCUUACAACGUCUCAACACAACGAAAAUCACUUCAACGGAUUUACUCGACUUGUUUGCGUUUUUGUUGAGUUUAUUAAGCAACGAAGCGAUCGCAUUAAGCAUCACAUGUCAUAACAAUUUCUUGCCGGAGCAAAUGAAUAUAUUCGCGUUAAGAAAUACACUACUUGGGAAGGUGGUGAACAUCUUUUUGUUGGACUAUUUAAACGUCUACGGCGAUCCGUUUUCAAGAGACUUUGGAAAAGUCUUGAAGACGCUGAUGCCCCUUGCAGAGACCGGACAAAAGAUAUUUGGCGAUAUCAUUGCGGCUCUUUUGAAGUUCGAAGACAGCCAAGCGCAAACGUUUGAAUGGAUCAACUGCUUCUUUGAGAUAAACAAAGACAGAGCAAAACUGGAGUUUAAUAGAAACAAAGUGUAUUGCGACUCGUUACUUGGAUUUGUCUUUAGAAGCUUACAAUACACGUUUAAGAGUAUGUGCGAAAACUCCGAACACCCCGUAGUGAUGGACUAUACUUACUUCUUGGAGAAUGACGUAUUCAAUUUAUAUGAAUGUAGCUUGUGUCGUGCAACACCAAGUGACGUUGAGAAGUUUGUCUUUAAAAAAGGAGAAAAGACGAGUGUGAAUGAUUUUGAAAAGAUGAUCUAUCCCGUCCAGGACGAUACAAAAUUUCCACGCAAAACACAGCAAAGUAAUACACAAGCGGAGACUAAACUGUUCUUCUAUAUAUUGAAGUUGACACAAAUCUGUGUCACGCCGAUGCGAGAACAAAUCGACCAACUCCUUUCGAUCUACCCAAGAGCUGUCCAAGCAAGAGAUGGUAUUCAAGCUGGAUAUGCCAAACAAUUAAUCAUAUCCUCGGAUGCUCAAUGCCUGAAUUCAGUUGCGGUGUUGAGUAAUUCGUACUUCAUGGCGGAGUUGGUGAAGUUCUUUACAAAAUAUUUGCCCGAUGUGUUUGGUGUGAACUCAAAGAAACUUUCAUUCACGCCAUUUGUGUUGGCGUUUCUCCCGGAGUUUGUUGUGAGCAUUAUCACAGACUAUGUUGGAAUGUGUUUGAAUCUGGAAGCAAAUGGAAUGAGUGUUGGAGCAUUCCCUCCAAAUUUGGAUGUCGUCAUCUGUUCAUAUUUGUCUUCGUCCAACUUGUGUAAAAAUCCAUUUUUAAGGUGUGAGUUGGGUGAGUUAUUUGUCGUGUCCAUAAUUCAACACGAGGAAGUGUUUAAAUCACCACACGACCUUUUACUCACCGAUUUUUCUAAAGCAAAUGUUGUGUUCUCGUUAUUGUGUUUUUACGUCGACUGCGAGAAGACGGGAAGUCACACGCAGUACUACGAUAAGAUCAAUUGGAGAAGACUGAUACAGAACUGCUUUAUCAAAUUGUGGAAGUACACAACUUACCAACAAAAUAUCAUUAAAAUAUUUGAUUCGAAUGAUCAAAGAGUGUUUCCCGCAUUUGUUCAGCACAUCGUUUCCGACACCAAUUUGAUGCUGGAAGAUUCGUUGCUUAAAUUGGCUGACAUCAAAAACGUUGAGGACAAACGUGCUGAUAAAGUGGAUUGGGAAAGAAUGAGCGAAGAAGGGCGAAAUGACUUGCUGCGAAGUGCUGAUGAGAAUGGGAGACAAGUCAAGAAUUUGUUUUCACUUGCGGAGUCUUCUUUCCAAUUCUUAAAGUUGGUUAUUGAGAAGACACAAGUCCCAUUUUUGGAUCCAUUAGUUAUAAACGAUGUGGCAGCGUGUUUCAACUACUUCUUAUCGUGCAUUGUUGGCGAAAGGUCUGGAGAAUAUAAAGUGUCGAAUUUGGAGCAAUACAACUUCCAUCCGAAAACCCUUCUCAAUUUCUUUUUUGACAUCUUCCUUUAUCUUGGAAGGCACGACAAUUUCAUUGCAGCAAUUUGCGAGGAUACAAGGUCGUUUAAAGAAAGAACAUUUGAAGCCGCAUUGGCGUCAAUAGAAUACAUUCAAUCGAGAAGUCCAAGUGAGUUAAAGGAGUUCCGACAAUUGGUCGAGAAGAUCAAAGGAUAUUCAUCGAAGGAUAUUUACGCAAUUGUAGAGGAAAAGAUGGGUCUUGACAUUCCAGAAGAGUUCUGCGACACUAUUAUGGGCACUUUAAUGAAAGACCCCGUCGAGUUACCAAAUAGUCACGUCAUUGUCGAUAGAACUACAAUAGUCAAACAUUUGAUGAAUUCCAAAGAAGACCCAUAUGACAGAACACCAUUGGAAUUAUCAAUGGUUAUACCUCUUCCCGAGCUCAAGAAAAAAAUCGACACAUUUGUCAAAGAACAAUACGCCAAAUUGAAGUGA